UAUAAAGAGGAGGGAUGAACUACCAAAGAUGAGAUUGUCUCAUCAACAAACACUUGCACACUCACACUUGUAAACACAACAAACAUCCAAUCCAUACAAACAAAACACUUCCACUACACCCAUCCACAUAUCACCACUACCACCACCACCACCACCACCAAAAUGCACGCCUCUCCCAUCAAGCUUUUGGCCCUUUCCGCCAGCACCGUCUCUGCUGCCGUCCACGUCGUCAAGGUCGGAGAGAACGGUCUCAACUUCACUCCUGCUCAGACCUCAGCCAAGGUUGGCGAUACUGUCGAGUUCCACUUCUAUGAAGGCUUCCACUCCGUCGCCCAGAGCAGCUUCGCCAAGCCCUGUGAGCCCAUCAACAGCACUGCCUUCUUCAGCGGCGACCAGAAUGUCAAGACCAAGGUCAGCGAUAAGGUCUUCACCAUCGAGGUGAAGUCCGAGGAUCCCAUCUGGUACUACUGCGCUGUCCAGGGUCACUGCCAAGGUGGUAUGGUGGGAGCUGUGAAUGCUCCUACCAGCGGUGCUAAGAGCUUCGACAACUACGCCAAGGCUGCUGCCGGUUCUGAAGAUAGCUCUGCUCCCAAGUCUACCGGUGGCGGCAAGCUUGGCGCCGCUGAGACAGGAAGCGCCUCAGGUUCUGCCUCAGGUACCGCUACCGCCACUGCUACAGAGAGCGGAACUGCUGCCAGCGCUUCAGCAACAGAAAGCGGUAACGCUGGUAUCGAGGCUCGAGGACAGAUCCAAUGGGGCCUUAUGAGUGGUGCUAUUGCUGCCCUCUUUGGCGGUUUGAUGAUGUAGGAGAAUCUCCUGCCAGUCAACGUUGUGUUAUGAUUCCAGCCCUAGAGGCAUUGUAUUUGUUUCAGCUAGCGAGUUACUAGUCAUGAAACAUUAUGUAUAAACGCAGAUAGACCGUCUCCUGCAAGGAGUAAUAUGAAUAUACCCAAACUUCUACC